AUGUGCAUGCUCAAUUCCUCGUACGGCCGCUUCCAGGCUGUCUUCAGUCGCCUCAACCAGGCGCUGGGUGUCUUGAUUAUACUGGUGUUUGUGCUUUCAGGCUUUACGAAUCCCGGAGACCUGGAUGUUGAUCCUGUCCACAUUUACUCGGCAAAAUAUCGGAUUGCUCGGUUUUCACAUGCGUUUCACGGCAAACGACAGCAAUAUGCCCAGGUGAAUUUUGAUGUGGACGCAGACUUGACGCCUCUGUGGAAUUGGAACACCAAAGACGUUGUUGUCUAUGUGGUUGCUUCUUAUACUACGCCAGAAAACCAGUGUAUGCUUUCCUUGAAGAAUGUGUACACAGACAGCAUUUCUCACCCGUUUCACGAGUACAGCAACUCGUUUGCGAACAAGGAAGCCAACUACUCGCUGCAUUGGACUGUCUCCCCCAAAAUCGGCUUGUUGACUUGGGGGAAAUCGGCCUCUUCGUCGGCACCCGUAUCCUUUUUGCCGGUUGUUCGUAAGAAAAAGACAACCAAGCAUUCAUCUAAGACCUCGAACACGGCUUCCUCAGCCGACCGGUAA